GUUUCUUAUGUGCAGAAGAAAAGAAAAAAUACAAAAGCACUUGAAAGCAUGAAGGUUAAAAGAGUUGUAUUGGCAUCUAGGCCAGGAAGAAAGAAAGAAGAAAUGAAGAAAAUUUAUGUCCUUUAUUUAUCACUUGCUGCAUAAAAACAUAGCAAAGCAUGCGCUGAAGCUGCACCGUCCCAAACCUGGAAAUGAUGGGGAGCCAGCAACCGAAAACUUCCGUCUGGAGGAAACAGAUCUUACAGAGGAGCUCAUGGAUGGACAAGUUAUGACCAAAACCUUAUACAUUUCUGUGGAUCCUUACCUGCGUUGUCGAAUGAAUGAAGAUUCGGGCGCAGAUUAUAUCCAGUCAUGGAAGAUCUCGAAAGUGCUGGAUAGCGGUGGUAUUGGAGUUGUGGAGCAAAGCAGACAUGGCCACAUUAAACCUGGGGAUAUUGUUACAAGUUUCAACUGGCCCUGGCAGACAAAAUGUGUAUUGGAAGGCAACACUCUGACAAAGUUGGACCCUAGUCUUGUGGAUGGAAACCUCUCCCAUUUUCUGGGUGCAGUGGGAUUAACUGGCUUGACUGCUUUCCUUGGUGUAAAAGAGAAAGGUCAUGUGAUCCCUGGUGCUAAUCAGACGAUGGUUGUCAGUGGCGCUGCUGGAGCUUGCGGGUCGUUGGCUGGACAGAUCGGUCGAUUCCUCGGCUGCUCUCGCGUCGUUGGGAUUUGCGGGACGGACGAGAAGUGUUCGUUAUUAACCUCAGAUUUUGGUUUUGACGCCGCAUUGAAUUACAAGGAAAAGGGUCUGGCAGAUAAGUUAAGAGAAUGCUGUCCUGAAGGAGUAGACGUCUACUUUGACAAUGUCGGAGGUGAAAUCAGCGACGUGGUUAUUAGUCAGAUGACGAAGAACAGCCAUAUCGUUCUAUGUGGUCAGAUCUCACAGUACAACAAGGAUGUUCCCUAUCCACCUCCUCUACACCCUCAGACAGAGGCCAAUCUGAAAGAACGCAAUAUCACAAGGGAAAGAUUCAUGGUGUUAAACUAUGCAGAUCAACAUGAAAUGGCUAUUCAGCAGCUGAGUCAGUGGUUGAAGGCAGGAAAAUUGAAGGUUAAGGAGACGGUUGUACACGGAAUUGAGAACACAGCAGGAGCUUUUGUGUCCAUGAUGAAAGGUGGAAAUAUCGGAAAACAGAUUGUACAAAUAUCCGGAUAUUAAUAAAUAAAUGCUGAUUGUCAGUGCUGUCACAUUCAUUUUGUUAAGGCUAGGCCGAGCUUCUAAUAGGGGACAGAUUAACAUUACUUUUAUUUAGAAUUGAUAACAGAAGCAUGAAGCAUACUGGACGGGACAUUUCAUAGGAUAAUUCACAUAAUAGUCACUUCAACUGAAAAUAAUUUAGAUUUUUAUUACCGUACUUUGGCAUGAGGCACUUUGUAUGCCUUACACUCUCUGCAAAUGUCAGUUUGAUGUCAUAUUUAAAGGGGUACUCCGGUGGAAAACUUUUUCUUUUUAAAUCAACUGGUGCCAGAAAUUUACAGAUGUGUAAAUUACUUCAAUUAAAAAAAAAAUCUUAAUCCUUCCAGUACUUAUUAGCUGCUGA